CUGUCAUAUAGAGACAGCAUCUGCUGGUUUGAUGUUCAUUUCUGAGAUUUAUUAAGGGAAUAUACUGACACUUCUGUCAGGGGUUUAGUUCCUGUUGUCUUCCCCUCGAAUAACCAGCCCUCUUUUAUCAUCGCAUGACCAAUCAUACCUGAUAUUCUGGUUUCAUGUUGAAAGAUACGGGUUUAAGACGUACUUUCUCAUUUGCCUCAUUUCUGAGCAGCAGAAUGUCAAGCGCAAAUGUACGUUUUAUUAGAUUUUUCUAGUUUGUACUUAUAUUUAUGCUAGUUCGGUUUUCUUUCAGAUUUUUGUUCUGAUAAAAAAGAUGGCAGAGCAGAUGGAAGAAGGACUAAGAGCUGUUGUUCUGGGGUGGCAGAAAUCUGAUAAAGCUUCAGUGAUAAACAGGCUUUUAGGUGAUGAAGUUGAGUCUGACAGACAUUUUGCGAGGUCUGUGAGGAAAGAUGGUGAAGCGAAUGGAAGGAAGAUAACCCUGAUUAACACUCCAUGCUGGUGGCAGAAUUAUGGUUUGCAGGAUUCUCCAGAGGUCGUCAAACAGGAGCUGGUUUGCAGUGUCUUCCUGUGUCCACCAGGGCCUCAUGUCUUUCUCCUGGUUAUUAACCUCAGUUUGCCUUUCACUGAAGAAAACAGAUUCAGCAUUGAGAAGCACUUUAGUCUGUUUGGUGAGAGGAUCUGGAGACACACUAUAGUGGUCUUUACACGAGCCGAUUCACUGAAGGACAAAAACAUUGAGCAGCACAUAAAGAAUCAAGAUCUGCAGCAGAUCAUACAGAGAUGUGGAGAAAGAUAUCACAUCUUUGAUUUCAAAAACAAAAGUGUUGGAGUCAAAGAACUGCUUGACAAGAUUGACGAUGUUGUGGCAGCAAAUAAUGGCAAGCAUUUUGAAACACAUGAUGACAUGCUGCUGGAGAUAAAGAGAAAGAGAGAUGAAAACGAAGUAAGAGCAAAAGCUAGACAAAAAACGUUGCAGGACAAAAGAGAUCUGCUGAAAGAAAUAGAAGGAGAAGAAGCUGUGGCUCCGCUCUCAAAAGUGAGAAUUGUCCUUCUGGGUUGGAGUCUGUCUGGGAAGAGUUCAACCGGAAACACCAUCUUCAAUCAUGAAAUAUUUCCGAUAGGAAAAGCACAAAAGGGCACAAACCACACAGGUGAUGUAAAUGGCAGAAGAAUAACUGUGUUGAACACCCCAAGCUGGUGGAAAUAUUUCUCGUCUAAAUUCAACCCAAAGUUUGCUCAGGCCGCAAUCCUGGAGAGCAUCAGCCAAUCACAACAUAUGCAAUUCCCUCAUGCCAUGAUCUUGGUGAUUCCUGUUGAUACUUCAUUCAAGAAUGAACAGAAAAAAAUCAUUGAAGAGUAUAUGGCCAUUCUUGGAGAAGACGUCUGAAGACACACCAUAGUUCUGUUCACAUGGAAAGACAGGAUUCCAGAUGUUUCAAUCGAGCAGCACAUUGAGAGUGAAGGUGACGCCCUCCAGUGGCUGAUUGAGAAAUGCAGGAACAGAUAUCAUGUCUUUGACAACACAAACAAGAACAGAACUCAAGUCACAGAGCUGCUCCAGAAGAUCGAUGAGAUGGUGACAGAAAACAGUCUGUUCUGUCUUAAAACUCAAUGUGCUGCAGAAGUGAAAGUCCACGAGACGGAUACACAACAAGACAAGGAAAGAAGUCUGAACACUGACCAGUUACUGAAACUUAUGUACCAGGAGAUGAAAAACAGGCGUUAAGAGAUAAUAAGGAAGCUAGAAGAAUUAGGGAUGGACUUGAGUGGAUGCAUAGCAGACGAUAUUGUUAGCAUACUGUAGAACAUCCUCCAGAUGUGUCGGGUGAUGACAAACUCACAGAGAAGAUAAGGAGAGAAGUAAGAAGAUGGGAAGCAAUUAUAAUGGGUGGGAUGUUGAACAUUCAGAAUCCUGAAGCAUCAUAUGGUGAAAUGAUUCAGAGUACAAAUGCGAUGGUGUUGAGAUGGCUUCAGAAAUGUGAGGAAUACAGCACAUCUAAAACAUCAGCAUAUGAAACCAGCUCAGAACACAGUGAUCUAGUAGAAGAUCCACAGAAUCCAGAGACGUCAGACAAUACAUCCAAACUUCAAACUAUGCAUGCCUAAAAACUAGUUUGCAUUGGUUUUAAAACCAAUUUAUUUGUUAAAUAGGCUGUGUUUUUAUUUAUUAAUAUGUUUGUGUAUUUCAAAUUAAUAUCUGAUAUUGUUGUUUAAUAUCUAUCUAUCUAUAUACACACACACACACACACACACUCACAUUAUAUAUGUUUAUAAUAAUAUAAAGCAAUUAUUGCUUAUAUAAUGUAUCAGCAAAGUACGGUUUUUAUGUCUGUAUAAUUUAUUAACUUUUUACAUAAUUGUAUUUUGUCAAGUUAAAAAAAAUAAUGAAAUUGUUGAGCUUUCACAAUAACUGUUGACUAUGUUUAAUGUGUGUCACAUAAGAUUAGUUGUCAGUUGCAUCCUAAAACAUUGUUAGUUUUGUUGUUGUUGUUUGUUUGUUUGUUUGUUUCAGUUUGAAUGGCCGAAGACACAAGAUUCUAAUUUUCAUUUUUUGGAGGAACUAUUCCUUUUAAAAGGACUGAUACUGAAUGUUAAAGGGUUAGUUCACCCAAAAAUGAAAACAGUGUCAUUAAUUACUCACCCUCAUGCCGUUCCA